AUGAGCGUAAUAGCUAAUAAAACUAAAAAAAUUUUAGUAUUACGCCCCGGCGAACGCGAUUGGGAAUACCGAGGGCGACCAGGUACACAGCAAUACUCACACACAAGUGUAAGCCCCUGGUACACCGCACCAGCGGGAAGCAGCGACGAAACUUCGGAUCCAUCGCCGUCGAUAUCGUUGCCGACUCCGCCACCACCUCCGAAGGCGGUUGUUCCACCCCCGCCGCCUCCGCCGCCACGGCCUACCCGCCGCAGCGUCACUUUUGCGGAGUCGCCCUCAAAGAGCCCUCGGAGUCCCAAGAGCCCCAAAAGUCCGUGGGUGUUUCGUCGUAGGUCAACUAUUAAGUCACUUAAUGUCGCGGUUCCGUGGACACCCGCGACUCCCAGUCACUGGGAUAAUCGCAAAGCCGAGUAUGUUACGUAA